GCUGACAUGAAAGUCUGGAAAAUCUGUCCAUUUUUAAUCUUUCUACUUCUGAGAUCAACACUCGGAGAGGACACAGUGGCAGAAGACAUUGGUGUCCAUCAGCUGGAGCGUUUAGUGGAGUUGCUGACGUCUAAAGAGUGUGAGGACCUUCUGUUCGCCCUCUCUCACCCAGAGGAGAACAUCUUCCAGCAUCUUGAGCGCCUCUCACCAGGAAAAAAACAACUAAACCUCAAGCCUCGAGCCAAGAGAGACACCUCUUCUGCUGCGGAUAGUGAAGCUCAGUGCCGGACGGCCCUGACAGACUGGCUGCUGAGGUACGGCAAGCAGACCUACUACGACAGGCUUUCUCGCGCCUUGCAGCACAUCGGCAGAACAGAUAUUGCCAUUGAAGUGGGGAAGAACAUCAACCAGGACAAAGCCUUGAGCCUGAAACGCUUUGUUGAAGGCUAUCACAAAUAUGUCAACUCUUUAAACUUCCCACCAGUAAAAUCGGAAACAGAGGACCACCAGAAGGAAGAUCAGAGGGUCAGAAAAAGACGAGUACGGGAUCUGACAUGGCGUGACCUGGAUCUGAUUGUAGAGCGAGCUCCUGUCCCUCUGUACCAGAAGGGGCCCUUGGAUGUAGCUCUGCCACUUUUGUAUGGCAUCCUACUGGGCUUCGGAGGUACCUUGCUCGCAGGCAUCUCUAUACUUCUCAUCAUCAUCCGCAUCUCCCGUAGAAACCAGCACAGCCGUCACCCCAGGGUCACCAGCAGCUCCUGCAGUAAGCUCGUGGCUGGAGAUGUAAUGUUGGAAGAUGCAGCUUCUGCGAGGUCAGAGGCUGCACAAUAGGCAGCUCAGGGGAUGAAAUUGUUAAAUAAAAA